UAGCUCCUCCUCCCUGCCACCGAUUCAGAAUGGCUACCGCCACCUCUCCCAACUACAAGCCUUCUUACCACAGGUUAAACAAGCCACCACAAGAAACCGAAGAAGUCGUCCCACGGCAAGAAGCAUUAUUCGAUGGCAUCUGGGAGGCAUUCAAGCCUUCCAAAGGGAGAAGGAAUGGGUUGCUGAGGCUUAACAGGGGACGGAGGUGCCGGCGGCCGAGGCUCCGGGUGGCCGGCCUGAGGAGGCUUCUGACGAAGAAGGCUGCGGCGGCGAGGGCUGCGGUGAGCGUGUCGCUGGACAAGGUGCUCAGGAGGCUCAAGGAGGGAAGGCCUCACCUUGGCGAACUCUUUGCAGGGAACUACAUGUUCAUGCAAGUGACCCCUUCGCCAACUCUGCACUAUCUGGAGAAGACGUUCUUGCCUGUAACUGCUGCCAAAAAUCACUACCACCGUAGUCCAGUACUGCCACCAACACCAAGCCUGAUCAGGUUCAACGUCCCGAAGCUCUUGCUGCAUAGUCACAAUUAAUUAAUCUUGCUAUUGAGUAGCAAGAUGAAUAUGGGUAUUGUAUAUAAGCACGGUUGGCUGUUAGCACUCGAUGUCUCUCGAUCGAUAUGUUGUUUUUAUAUUUCACUUGUUCCCUAUCUUUCUUUUCUAUCUUGCCUCUAAUCUUGACUAAUCUUUGCUAGAUUUGAGCAA